UGUGGAUCACAGUUUUUCCGACAGCAUCCAUCAUGAGCACCGACGACGAGAGUAAGUCGCAGCCGCCGGCCUUCGACCUGGCGCUGCAUGUCAAUUACCUUGUGGGGCUCAAGAACAAGAAGGAGGACUUUGAGUCCUGCAUGACGGAGCACAUGCGUGUGAGCGGCCUGUACUGGGGCGUGGGGGCCAUGGCGCUGCUAAACCGCGAGGAAGAGAUGGAUCCGGCCGAGAUCGUGGAGUGGGUGAUGAAGUGUGAGCACCCGGACGGAGGAUUCUCCGGCAAUGUGGGCCACGACCGCCACCUGCUCUACACAUUGCACGCGUUGCUGAUUCUGGCCAUGCUGGGCGCUCUGGACCGGAUAAAGCGCGACGAGUGCGCCAAGUACGUGGCGUCGCUACAACAACCCGACGGCUCCUUCGCCGGUGACGAGUGGAAGGAGAUCGACACUAAGUUCACGUACUGUGCGCUAUCAGCACUCAAGAUCCUGGACAAAUUGGAGCUCAUAGACGUGGAGAGCGCUACGGCGUACAUUGAUACAUGCCGUAACUUUGAUGGCGGCUUCGGUAACAUUCCCGGCUGUGAGUCGCACGGCGGCCACAUUUUUACGGCUGUGGGAGCGUUGUCGCUGGGUUUCGCUUUGGAGCAGUAUGUGGAUGACGAACUGCUGGGCUGGUGGCUGUGUGAACGCCAAUGCGACUCUGGAGGACUGAAUGGAAGACCCGAGAAGCAGGCUGACGUAUGCUACAGUUGGUGGAACAUUUCGUCGCUUAUCAUGAUCGGCAAGCUCGACUGGAUCAGCAAGGAGAAGCUCAUUCAGUUCAUUCUCGCGUGUCAGGACCCCGAAGAUGGAGGGAUUGCUGACCGUCCUGGAAAUGUGGCCGACGUGUUCCACACGUUCUUCGGUAUCGCUGGACUGUGCAUGCUUGGAUACUUUGACCGUGAAAAGGAGAAUCACCCAGAGUAUCAAGGUAUUCGACAGAUUCACCCGACGUUUGCUAUCCCCACAGAUAUUGUAGAGAAGCUGCAGUUGACAGCGGAUAUGAUCAUGCCGGUGCACGAGGACUAGCGUUAAAAAAGGCAUUAGUUUGGAGAUUUGAUCUGCAAAAAUGGAUGACGUUACCAAAGCAAAUAAUCGUUCAAAGGUGCAAUCUCUUUCGCAAUUUUAGCCAUUUCGGUCUAGUAUCACGUCAGAAUGCCAGGUAAGCAG